AUGAGAAAACUUUGGGGAUUAUAUUUGGGAUUAUUGGAUAAUCAUCCUUUAGUUACAAAAUCAUUAUCAACUGGAUUUUUAAUGGGAACAGGUGAUAUAUUAGCACAAAGAUUAGAACAUAAAUUUAAAGAUGAAAAGAGCCAAUUUAAAUUAGAUUAUAAAAGAGUUGCAACAAUGUCAACAGUAGGUAUAUUUUAUUCUGGACCAAUGUUACAUUAUUGGUAUAGAUCAUUAGAUAUUAUGGUCAAAGGUGAAGGAAGAUCAGUUAUAAUUAAAAAGAUGUUAAUCGAUCAAUUACUUUUCGCACCAGUUGCAAUUGGUGGUUUUAUGACAGUUACCAAUUUCAUAAAUAAUAAAGGUGAAUUAAAGAAUUUAGAGAAUUUCACAAAAGAAUUAUUUUAUGCUGUUAAAAUUAAUUGGCUUAUAUGGCCAGCUGCUCAAAUAAUUAAUUUCUCAUUAGUACCACCUAAUUUACGUGUAUUAUAUAGUUCAAUCAUUAGUAUAUUUUGGGGAAUGUUUUUAUCUCAUAUCAGUUUUGAUAAAGAUCAUCAUAUUCGUAAUCAAAAUAAAGAAAUUAAUUAA